CGGGCCCAGCCGGGCCGGACAGGCCGGCCUGCCAUGGAGGUGGAGGAGGCGUUCCAGGCGGUGGGGGAGAUGGGCAUCUACCAGAUGUACUUAUGCUUCCUGCUGGCCGUGCUGCUGCAGCUCUACGUGGCCACGGAGGCCAUCCUCAUCGCCCUGGUGGGGGCCACGCCGCCCUACCGCUGGGACCUGGCAGAGCUCCUGCCCAAUGAGAGCCACGGCAACCAGUCGGUGGGUGCCGACCGCGCCCUGGGGGCGUGGCUGCUGACCGCCAACGGGAGCGAGGUCCGGAAGCACGUGCAGUUCAGCGGCAGCUUCACGUCCAUCGCGUCUGAGUGGUUUUUAAUUGCUGACAGAUCCUACAAAGUCAGCGCAGCAAGCUCUUUCUUCUUCAGCGGGGUGUUUGUGGGAGUUCUCUCUUUCGGUCAACUGUCCGAUCGCUUCGGAAGGAAAAAAGUGUAUCUCACAGGUUUUGCCCUUGACCUCUUAUUUGCGAUUGCCAAUGGGUUUUCCCCCUCCUACGAGUUCUUUGCAAUAACUCGCUUCCUGGUGGGUGUGAUGAACGGAGGAAUGUCCCUGGUGGCCUUUGUCCUGCUGAACGAAUGUGUGGGCGCCGCCUACUGGGCACUCGCAGGAUCCAUCGGUGGCCUCUUCUUCGCAGUUGGCAUUGCCCAGUAUGCCCUGUUGGGAUACUUCAUCCGCUCCUGGAGGACCCUGGCUGUUCUGGUUAACCUGCAGGGAACAGUAGUCUUUCUCCUGUCUUUAUUCAUUCCUGAAUCACCUCGUUGGUUAUACUCCCAGGGUCGACUGAGUGAGGCUGAAGCGGCUCUGUACCUCAUUGCCAAGAGGAACCGCAAGGUCAAGUGUACGUUCUCACUAACGCCUCGGGCCAGCAGGAGCUACAAGGAGACUGGAAGUUUCCUGGAUCUCUUCCGUUACCGGAUCCUCAUGGGGCACACACUGACCCUGAUGUUCAUCUGGUUUGUGUGCAGCUUGGUGUAUUACGGCCUCACUCUGAGCGCAGGGGAUCUAGGCGGAAAUAUUUAUGCCAACCUGGCCCUGUCUGGCCUCAUAGAGAUCCCUUCUUACCCAAUCUGCAUCUACUUGAUUAACCAAAAAUGGUGUGGCCGGAAGAGGACCUUGGCGGCAUUUCUGUGCCUAGGAGGACUGGCUUGUCUUAUCAUAAUGUUCCUUCCGGAAAAGAAAGACACAGGUGUGUUUGCAGUGGUGAACAGCCAUUCCUUGUCUUUGCUGGGGAAGCUGACGAUCAGUGCUGCCUUUAACGUGGUGUACAUCUACACGUCCGAGCUGUACCCCACGGUCAUCAGGAACGUUGGGCUUGGAACCUGUUCCAUGUUCUCCCGAGUCGGUGGGAUUAUCGCUCCCUUCGUCCCCUCACUGAAAUAUGUGCAGUGGUCCUUACCCUUCAUUGUCUUUGGAGCCACCGGCCUGGCUUCGGGCCUCCUGAGUUUGUUAUUGCCCGAAACCCUUAACAGCCCAUUGCUAGAGACAUUUUCUGACCUUCAAGCGUAUUCAUAUCGGAGACUGGGGGAAGAAGCGUUAUCUUUACAGACCUUGGAUCCCCCACAGUCUGAGGACAAGGAGAACGCUUUAGGGAGUGACAGCGAGGAAGAGGAGUUUUUCGAUGCAGAUGAAGAAACCCAGAUGAUUAAGUGAAGAGCCGACCCCUCCCACCCCUCCCACGUCUCCGCACUAGCAGAUGAUCUCCUUGCCUCUGGCGAAGUCGGCUCUUCUGGGAAACUUCAGAGACUUGUCGAAAUAGAGGCUUAAAUGUCCAUGGAAGGUGUCAGCAUGGACUCCUUGUUCUCAGGCACGAAGGAAGACAGAGACCGGAAGAGAUCACCGGAGGGAAACAUCACCGUACUGGGGGGACGGUAGUUGACUUGGGUCUGUCCGGAAUUCAAGUUCAGUUCACAGCCUUGCCUGCCAGCCAGGUAGCUCACAUCCACAAGCCGGAGUGGAAAGCUCGUUUGUUUCUGGAAGUCUGAUUGCUUCCUCAUCCUUCUUCAUGACCUAAAGGCAGAUGUGUAAGAUUUCUUCUCACCAGUUAGUGGGAUAAGAUAAACCUUUAGAUUUCAUGUUAAUACCAUAUUUGACGUCUACCCCUUAUCUUUUGUGCCUCACUCACCAGGACUCUCUUGAGGCAGAUUGGUGUUAGUAGUUGACUUUACUGUGUGUGGCCUGAGACCCCUAACUGGGUCCCUCAGCUUGGUUCCCAGGCUAAUGAUUGGCGUGAACUCCUUGUGCCGUUAGUCCCACAGUCAGUCCACCAGAAAAAGCCAACUGUACUGAAGGGAUUUUCUCAGAGCCAAAGGCGUGGCUGAAGCUGCCCGGUUACUCCCUUUGACACUCAAUUUGGGUCAUUUCUUCAGUUCCGACUUGUGUGCACCUCCAGGAAAAAUCCUUCUCAGGUUCUAAUACCGGCAGUUAUUCAGAACUGUGUCAGCAAGUGAGGAAGCUUUUUACAGGUGGAGGACCGUUAAAAAGUGACAUGUUGAGGGGCGCCUGGGUGACUCCGUGGCUUAAGCGUCUGACUUCGGCUCAGGUCAUGAUCUCGCAGUCUGUGAGU